GAUUUGAGUAAAAAGUUUAUUGGGUUUGGGUAUCUAAUUUCAAUUCCCCCGUUUCCUUCCAUCGCUCCCCGUACGACUCCCUCUGAGUUACAUUCAACUCCCCAUCCAUGGAUGACAAUCUCCAUAUCCAACGUUUCCAUCUUCCUCCUUCGCCCUCUCAUUUCGAGUCUCUCAUCGAAUCUCGCAACGUUCCCGCUAUUCUUGUAGGAUGCGUCAAGGACUGGAGAGCUUUAUCGGAGUGGAAUCCAUACGUUGGCGGUCUUGACAAUCUCCAGGAAUGCGCAGGGUCAUGCAUUGUGGAAGCUAUGCUCACUAGAACGGCUCCUGUUUUUUAUGGCGACCUUAGAAGCCAUGACAGAGUUCCGAUUCCAUUUUCUACCUUUAUUCAAAUUUGUAAGCAGCGUCUGCUAGAAAAGAGUCAAGGAAAUGUCGUUUCUUCCGAAUUAAAUUCGAACAGGAUGACCGGUCCUGAUUUGAAGAAAGACUGUUUGCCUUUUGAAGAUGAUUCUAAAAGAUUAUACUUAGCACAGGUGCCAAUUUUGGAUGUUAUAAAUGAAGAAAGGGCACAAUUGGAACCACUGAGAAAAGAUAUUCAAACACCUGCAUUUCUGGAGAAAAAGAAGUUAGCCUCUAUAAACCUUUGGAUGAACAGUGCUCUAUCUAGGUCAAGUACUCACUAUGACCCACACCAUAAUGUUCUCUGCAUAGUUUCUGGCAGAAAACAAGUAAUUCUGUGGCCCCCUUCUGCAACUCCCUCACUGUACCCGAUGCAUAUUUAUGGAGAGGCCUCUAAUCAUAGCUCCGUUUCUUUAGAAAAGCCCGACUAUUCACUUUAUCCAAGAGCAAAAUAUUCAAGGAAAUCCUCUCAGACAGUUGUUCUUCGAGCUGGUGAUGCACUUUUUAUUCCAGAAGGGUGGUUUCAUCAGGUUGAUAGUGAUGAGUUAACCAUUGCUGUUAACUUUUGGUGGCAAUCCCACAUGAUGUCCAGCGUGUCAGACCACAUGGAUGCAUAUUACUUGCGUAGAAUAUUGAGAAGAUUGAUGGACAGAGAAAUGAAUGAAGUUUUGCGUGUGCCUUGCUCUCUUGCUGAGAUGGAUGAAACUAAGAGCCAUGAGCCUGACGUAUUGGGUAUCAAAGGGAUGGAUCAAGGUGUUCAAUGUUUGAGUCAAGCAUUUGAAGGUGGGGAUUUGAAGGAGAAAGAGCUAAGGGAAGAAACUUUUUCUCAUGAACUUGAACUUUGCAGUGCCCGAGCUCUGCAUGGGCUUAUGACUUUAGUUCAUGACCACGUCAGUGUUUCUGAUCAAACUGGAGCCCUACAAUCUAGUUCUACAAAUGGUUCUGCAGACGGGGAGGAGAGUAUGAAUUUCACUAGUUUAAAUAGCUUGGAGAACGAUCAAGUAGCUAUCUCUAUUUGGAAUUUGGAACCAUGCGUUCUUCAGAAGGUCCUUCUCACCAUGGCAAAUAACUUCCCAAGAACUCUAGAGGCUCUUAUACUGCACUUGCUUUCACCAAUUGGAGCAGAGGUUCUUACUCGAAAAUUUGAUCAGAUGGACCAACGAAACACUGCGGAAGAUCAGAAAAGAUUCUACGAAGUUUUCUAUAGUUCAUUUGAUGAUCAAUUUGCUGUGAUGGAUGCAAUUCUAAACAGGAAAGAGUCUUUUGCCCGUCAGAACAUAGUACUGAGCACACAAGUAGCCGGUAAUAGUAAUCGAUCUCGAAGCAAUCUUUGUGGAAUAACAACAAAAGCUCUUCUCACAUGGUUGUCAUCCUCCAUAUAUUUGGUUGGCCACCAAUUGGAAACGGCACUCUGCAAUUGUGUGCUCAGCUUUUUUGUUCAUGUGUUCAAGAGUGUGCUGGAUAAAUAUGUGGGAGUAAACUUAAAUGGGCCAAAUCCGGGAACUUGAGGAAGUCCUUUAAAGAAAUUGGUCCUGCAGAUUCUGCAGCAUAUCGAUGCUAUCCAUUUUCUAAAGCUUUUCCUCAAUUGUGGCUGCAGGAAUCAUAUAAAGGUUAAGCUGCCUACUAAAGGUUGUGAUGUGGGGAAUAUGCACAGAAAUUGAUAAAGGCUUCUCUUAGCAACAACAACUACAAAAGAAAAGACUCACCACAGAAUUGCAAUUCAAACUUCCGGAGCUCUUUGUUGGUAUCAUUUUCAUCCCCGUUGACAUUUUUUCUUUACUGUCUUUAAUUUAAUUUUUUUUUCCUUCUUUUCUUUUCUUUUUCUUUUCUUUUUCUUCCUUUAGGUUUUAGUUUGCAUCAGUACCUAAGUCCCGGACCACCACCACAAACCAUCACUCACUGAGGCACAAAUUCACAUAACACCAAACUUAGUUUGCCUUUAUUUUUUAAGAGAACAAACAAAGAAAAAAAAAAAAAAGACUCGCACUUGCAACCAAAUUUUACUGCUCCUCCUGACUUUAGAAAAGGCUACUCUAUUAAAAUAUUUCCAGUAAUUCUUAGUACCUCUAGAAAAGUUGUGAAGAAAAAGAAAUUCUUGGGAUUUGAUCUUUUCAACUCGAAUUGCACCCAUGGUAUGGAAAAAAGAAUGUUUAUCUUCCCCAUCUA